UUCGCGGACAAUGUAAAUCAGUGACAAUGCGAACAUGAAAAACCCGCGCCGGUAGAUCAUGUUUCAAACUUUACCGUUAAAUUUAUGGAUAGAUGAUAAAUUAAUAAAGUAACUGUUAGGUUGUCGUUAAUGUUAACGGUUGGUGGUGUGUUUCCGGUCGUUAACACGUGAGGAGGCUAACGGCUCCGUUUGUUUUUAGCGAGCAGGCUAACAGAGCUAGCAUAGUGCUAGCAGGCUGCUUACUGAUGGAGAUGGAAGAGGAACCGUUAAAUCUUCAGGACGUCGAGCGGGCCCGAGCGUUCUGGUGUGAGGAGGACGUGGACCAGGUGUUCCACGGAGUCUACGAGUACCUGGAUCACCUGAAGAGGGUCCUCAAGAAGAACACAGCCACUGACAAAGAGUAUGUCCAGGGCCUGAAGCUGCUGGAGUGUCUCAACUGUCCUCCAAUGUCCUCUCAGGACUCAUCUGUGGUCCAAGUGGUCAUCGGCUCAGGUGAGCUACUGCCUGCAGACUUCACCCACCACAGCUCCUCCUCCUCCACCUGCACCUCCCCUGCCCCCCCCUCUGUCUCUACAGCUCCACCCACAGGACGGGAGGAGCUACUGCCUCCACUGACCCCCAUCCACCUGCAGUACCUGCUCCACCCCUGCUCCCAGUCGUGCCUGCCCAGUCUACCCAGCAUGCCUCAGUGCACCCCUGCGUUCUGGGGUCAGAACCCCCUGAAGGUUCCGCUGCUCUGUGGCUUUAAGAGGCUGAGCGCCAUGCCCAUGAUGUCAUCGAGGGUGGACAGCGAGGGGGCAGAGCUCACUGUCUGUGAGGACAUGGACAAAGACGUGGAAGACUGGGACGUCGUUUACAAAGCCCCAUGUGGACAGAGCCUCCGUAACCAUGACGACGUGAUGCGUUUCCUGUUGGCCACAGAGAGCUACGACAUCCUGCAGGUUGGUUACGAUGUGUUCAGGGACUGCAGGAAAAGUAGCAUACAGUAUCAUGUGACUCUAAAUCUUCCACAGGUGGACUUCUUCACCUUCAACCCGUCCGUCCGGUUGGACCCGCCCCCGCCGGCGGGACCCCAGCGGCCAGAGAUGGACUUGAGCCGGGGGGCGGAGCCUACGCCGGUGCAGCUGUGCGUCAGGGACGGCAGCGCCCGGCCGUCAGACUUCCGUUACAGGAAGGACCGCUGGCCACACGGCUGCUUCCUGACCCGCAGCCCGGCGCUGUUCGACGUCUGCUGCGACUGCACCGAUGGCUGCAGCGACGCUCAGCGCUGCGCCUGUGUGGCCAUGACCAGAGGAGGGCGGAGCUACAGCCACCACAGGCUGACAGAGCCUGUACCGUCAGGCGUGUACGAGUGCGGCCCGUGGUGCGGCUGCGUUCGGGCUCGUUGUCAGAACCGGCUGGUCCAGAGGGGGAUCAAAGUCCGCCUCCAGGUCUUCCAGACCGACAGGUGUGGCUGGGGCGUCCGUUGCCGUGACGACCUGGACCGUGGCACAUUUGUGUGCAUGUACGCAGGUGUGAUGCUGCGGAGGGUACAGAGUCCCGCUGAGGCUCCGCCCCCGAAGCUGACGAGGGCAGACCUUCCCUCAGACGACGAGGUGGAGGUUGUCACUGAGUGGCUCGCUCCGCCCGUGCUGGAGAGUCGGAGCAACCUGCUGGAGCAGCCUAUGUCCACGCCCACCUCGCCACCCCUGCAUGUCCCCGUCAUCCAGAGACCCGCCGACACCGCUGCUGCCGCCAGUACGCCACAGGACAGAGACAAGACGGUGUUGGUCGGAGCACCGCCGCCGCUGUCUCCAUCAGUGGGGGAGUCAGGUGGCCACUCUCCAGGUCAGGACAACAACGUCGCCAUGACACCCGCCUGUCCCCAGGGGGUGGCACCGCAAGUCCACAGUGUGAACGGCACCGAGAGCCACAAGAGUCUAAAGAGAGCCAUGAAGGUGGACGACAUCUACGUCCUGGACGCCAGCAAGGAGGGGAACGUCAGCCGCUUCAUCAACGUAAGUCCAAAGUGAUACGGUGCUAUGAAGGUUAACAGCGUUUAUGAAGCUGACGCCAUGUAAAGAUGGCCGCCAGCCGCUUCGUCAGCGUAAUUCCAGUCCGUAAGUGAGUUUAUGAAUUUCAAAAUAAGAAUAAUUUCUUGUAAUAUUUUUUGUUUUUUUCAUUAUUUUAUUUUUAUCAUAAUUUUAUUCUGAAAUAUUGAGAUUUAUUUUUGUUAUUCUGUCAUUCCGACUGUUGUAAAAAUCAAAUCUCAUAUUCAGCAUCUGAACCUUUGACCUGAACUGUGUCGCCAUAGAAACGAGUCAACGUGGCGUCACAGUGAAGGUGAUGUCACCACUGAGUCUGACCUUUGACCUUGUCUUG